AUGCCUUCUAGAAUUCGAUCAAAAAAGAAUACAAUCGAUCUUCGACCAAUUCCAAUUCGAGGACCAAAAAAUGACAGUUAUCAAUGGAAAUUGAUAGCUUUAUUAGAAUUGAAUGAAAAAGGUCAAUUUAUUUUACCAUUCUCACGAAGAAUGGUACAUAUUGAUUGUUUUCUUUGGCCAAGAAGUGAUCCUAAUCUUCCUCUACCUGGCUAUCGAGAAUGUGGUUGUAUAGAUUGUGAAAAUAAAACGUGUUUAGAUCACAUUCUUCAAGAUGAUGAUGAUGAUAUUGAGUCGCCAUAUGGCAACUUACAUCUAGAAGAAAUAUCUAUUCGUUCAGAUGAGAAAAAUAAUAGUGAUGAUAGCCAUUCAUCAAAAGAUGAUAAUGAUAAUGAUGACAAUAAUAUAUCUGAAUCCUUAUCAUCAUCAAUAUCAUUCAAUCAAUUUAACAUCAAUAAUGAUGAGGAUAAUGAUGAUAGUAAUGAGAAAGAAUAUUAUAAUGAUGACAAUAAUGAACUUUCUAGUUCUCGUGAACUACCAACAAUUUCAACAGCAACAUCUCCAUUUCUAUGUGAUCCUUAUGAGUCUUAUGAUUGGGAAUGUUGA